AUUGUAUUCUGUUGGCAUAUUUUAAACUAUAGUUCCACACACACUAUGCUAGUGGACUAAGUGAAGAGAAAAAUAAUGUUUUGCGAAAAGAUAAGAUCUGAUUAGUCGUUGAUUUGUUAAUCCUAGUAUAGUUUGCUUAGUUGUGAGAUCUCUAUGCAUUAAUCGUAGUAAGGUAUGUUAAUACUGGUGAAACAUGAACUAUUGAGAAUGGUUUUAAUAUGCAGUGCCAUGGAUUCUGACAGUCCCAUUUGACAAUCACUUGAUGAACGUGAAUGGUUUCAGAAGCGUCAAGCUCUAGGUUGGGUAUUCUAGAACACCUAUAAUUGCAGUUAUAGGUGGGGUGGUGUUGUAUAGUAUAUCCCAGCUAGUAGAUCUUCACAGAAUGACGAAUGAUAAGUUCUGGAUGUCAGUUUGAAAAUUAGACAGUUAGUAAAUGCCAAUACAAUAGUUUUAACCAAGGCCUAUAUGACUACCAACUAAUAUUCACGGUACUAGUAUGGACUCGGUCAGUCAGUUGACACACCUGCAAGACGAACAUUGGAUUCAUAGAAGCAAUUAACUCACUGGUGUAACAAAUAAAGGGAAGGUUUUAUGUAAGGAUAUAGUUCAGGAAGAAAGAUAUGAAGCGAUUUUAAUCAUAGAUUAAGGUAAGAUAGUGUAUACAACGACGCCAUUGUGAUCGAUCUUGAGCCAUGUCACCAUUGGUUACAAUACUCGUGCGGAUCCCAACCAAGUAGUCUGCAUCUACCAUUAUGGCUCAGACCAGAAGUUAGUGACUUUAUGGACUGACGCCCGUAACUUCCUUCUAACCAUCCCCAACACCGGUUAGCAUUGCACAUCAUGGUAAUCGGUGUUCGGGCAUACGUAACACGUGGCCCAGCCAUCUCAGUCGAUGAAGAUUCACAACCUCAUGAACUGAUUUACCAUCAUUCCCCAAUACCCUGCGUCUAACCUCACUAUUACUUGCCUGGCAAUCCCCGCAGAUGCGAGCGGUAUUCCUAAGAUGCUUGUGGUCAAAUGCUGUAGCACUAGUACGAACUGUUCUCAGUGCUAGAGUAAACAUGACAAUGAUACUUUUAGCUCCCAGGAGAUUCCACUCAACUGCGGAUCUCAUGAGAUUUGCCCAAUUGCUGAACCUAGUGACGGCUAAUUAAACUGGAAAGUGUAAUUUGUCUGGUAAAUUAGUGGCUGGUAUGUGUGCCGAAAUAGUGUAUGUUGUACAAUGAAAGCCACGACGAGUUAGGACCUUAUUAAUUGAGCCUUAGUACAAAUCACUUUAUCAGUGGUAUUUUAAAUACUGUCAUCGAUUGUCUCUAUCUUAUUUUGUUUAUGCUACUACCCUGGUUCAGAGUCGUUGAUGUAGUUCGUGACCGAUUUAAACCUCGCCCAAAUGUGUGGCGAUUAAACAUAUCCAUGAAGGAGUGUACUUUAUUAAUGGACUGGUCACUUGAUACUAAUUUUUCCUUUGAGGAAGCAUUAUUUUAGUCUAAAAGUACGUUUAGCUCCGUAUCAUUCCUCUUUAUAUCACACAUAAUUCUAAGUCGACCUACCAACUGUCCAUCAUGGAGAAAGAACGAUAUCAUGAAACAUCUCAGUUUUAGGAAGAUUUUGGGACCUCUUCAUCUCCAGUGGCUCAAACAGUUUAUAUCUAGUUGCUGUAAGACUAAGAAUACAUACAAGCAUUGGCGAAAUUAGGGAAACAAUAGAUCCAAGAUUCCCAGAGAAGUCCCAAAACGUUGUUCUUCUAUAUCAAGAGAUGAACUUGAUAAAGAAAUCGAACCCCACAGCAGGAAAAUUCACUGGUAAUGAGGAGUGAAUGCAUUGAUAUGUCGAUAAUAAAUGUACAGUUUUAAAAGUAAUUCCACAACUAGUGACUUUAUAAUUUCCGCCUUCAUGAGACUCAUAAACAAAGAAGUGUAUAUCCAAACUAUCCUUAGUGUAUGGUAACACCAUCUCGGUUGGAACAUCUGUUCCUAUCACUUAUUAGGUAGGUGUAACCUAAUGGUUUUGAAGUUAUUUUAUAGUCGUAUACUGACCAAGUUUCGGUCAAAGCUAAAAUGGAUGGUUUUAGCUCACCCAUUAAUGUCACUAGGACACGAAAUCUCAGUCAGUCGCAACGUAAACCCUCGUACAUAUGUAAAUCAGUUCAAGUUGCCUUACCCCAUGAUCACAGAGGAAUGUGAUUGUCAGCCCUAAUCUCAGGAUAAUAGCGCUAGUAUCAGUAUGCGUGGUAAUAGAAAAGAUCAGGCAUCUAAGAUAUGAUUCAAGGAGAUAUAAAUUAGUGAGAUGAAAGCAAGAAGUUUAUGAGCAAUUCAAAAACUCGAAAUCUGGGGGAAGACAAAGAAUGGAUUCAUUUGGGUUUUAGAGAACGAUUUUGAACCAUUUCAUACAAGGUCUCUAACCACUGGUUCGUUUUUAUUAAAUUUCUGUCCACAGCAAUACCUGACAUCAACUCACUGAACAUAAUCACUUACAAUAUGUACUUUAAUGCGUAUUUAGUAGAAUAUACUGGAUAUCCAAAUGUCUUGGAUAUGGCCUUUGACCUGCUCUCAGUUUUUUAUUCCUAAAUUUCAUUAUGUUCGGGCUAACAUUAAACAUUUUUGAAGUUCGUAUUUACACCAUUCGAAUUCAUCUUUGUCGAUUCCUUAAAAUCAGUUAAUAGAACCUUAUCUUCUACACGUUUUUCUCACCUUUAUCUUUUUGUUUCAUUCAUUUCAAUAUGGUUUCCCGUUUGUCUCAUGUAAGGUACCCGAAUUAUUUCCAUCUUUCUAAUUCAUCCUUUCAUUCGUUUGUACAACAUAGAUGUACUUGUUGAGUGUUAUCUACAGGGGACUUUUCCCCAACCUUUUAUUUAUAUGUCUAACUUUAGUGAACACAGAUAUUUUCUCCUCUUCUAAUAAAACGUUACAACAAGUGUGACUAUUAGGGUUCUAAUGAAAGUUGGACUAGUAGCAUAUGUUGAUUUAUGUAUGGAAAAAACUUGCGUAACCAAAUUUCUUCUAGUUGUUGACAUCCUUCGCGCUCGUUUUCACAACUCUGUUUUUAGAUUGUGAGUCACCCGUAACUACAAUAGUAUUAGUUUAUACUCGUUGAUUGUCAUACAACUUGUGCUGGUAACCAUCGCUUUUUCAUUAAUCAGUUCACAGUACUGUCAUAUAAAUGAAAAAUGUAGUUAAAUUUUAGUAAUUCAGAUUACGUUGUCGAAUAUAGGCUGAUGUGAACACUUGACUAAUGACCCUGUUAGUUGUAGACGAGUUAUGGUUUAUCCGAUCACUUAUACACACAACCAGCGAUAGAUCACAUGUUUAAACUGUGUUGCCUGUUAAAUGGUCAGUUUUCAUCCAGUUUUUUGUUAUAACUAAAACAUACUAAGCUUGGGUAGAUGUCCUUUUAUUUUACUGCAGUAAGUUCAACAUAAUUACUUUUUAUAUGAAGAUUCAUUGUCUUUGUGUAUCUGUUCUAGUUUGUUGUUUUCCAGAUCUGCUAAUCAAAUGGAUGACCUAAAAGCAUUGCUUGAUGCAGAGCAGGAGAAAGUGACCAAGUUGAAAGCUCUUGUGGUAAAAGAGAGAAAAGUUAACACAAAAAUCAAAUCAGAAUUGGAAUAUCUGAAGUCACUGCAUACCAGGACUCAUCAAGAAAGUGGUGGAAGCGUUGAAAAAUUUGAUAAAUCGUGUUGUACUUCUGAAUUUUCAAAUGGAUCCACUUGCAUGCAUGAGGCACUACCAUCAGAGCUUGUAAGUACAUCGGUAGAAAACUCUGUAUUUAAUGAACAUAAAAGAAAUUUCCGUGUGUCAACCAACGAUAUUGAUGAUAAGACGACUGAAUAUGUAACUAAAAUUCCUGUUUGUAUAAUUUCAGCCUCUUCUUCUUGUGAGACGUCCUCUAAGGAUUCAUUGCAGAGUUCUGACAAACAUCUACAUGUACCCUGUUUAAAUGAAACAACUAUAGUUCCUGUUAACUGUCUAUGCGUUGCAACACAAGUAGACAACUUAGAUAAUUUUGAUGGUAAGGAUUCACCAUUGUUACAACAGUUUAACACUGCAUUACAGUCAUUAAAGCUCAACAAUAGAAGUAAUCUAUCAAAAGAUGAAUUAAAAUUGGUAUUUACUGAAUGUAACAGAUUAUUAGAAGAGAUCGAUCUCUGUUCAACUGAUAAUUAUCAUGUACCUUUGAAUCAUUUCUCGUCAAAAGGUGAAAUAAUAAAGCUUGAAAAUUUUUGUCGAACUCUACCAACAGAUUUAAAUCAAUAUUCUCACUCAUUAAAACAGUCUUUUACUAAGCAAAAAGAAGAACAAAAUUCUUGCCAUAACAAACUUUCAAAUGAAUUAAAACAUGUUCAUUCAGAUGAAAUGUGUGAUGAAGAAUUACAUAUUUUAGAGCAAAGAGUAAAUGAAUUAAAACAUAGUGUUGAAUAUGCUGAAUCUUCAUUUAAUCAACUAUCAAAUAAGCUUACUUCAGUUACUCAUAUAAAUGAAGUGUAUAAUGCUAAAUUAUUACAAUUACAAACAAAAUAUAAUGAUAAUUCAUUGGAUAUGACACAAUCAUUUGUUAAGUUGAAAAGUUUAUUAUAUGAUUCUUUUUUAUUACCGUUGAUUAAAUACCAUCAAGAAGUAAACAAUAAUAAACAAUAUAAUUUGAAUGUGGAUUAUUUUAUUUGCGAUAAUUUUCAAGAUGAUACUGUUAGUAAAGUUGCAAAGAGUUUAAGCGAUUUCCUUGAUGAAUUGAAACAAAUUAUUAAACACUAUUACACAUUCAAUAAUAAGUGUAUUACAUCUUCCAAUGCAUGCAUUCCGACUGACUAUAAUGAAACAAAUAUUGGACAAGAGAAACUACUGUUGGAUAAAUUGAAAAGUACAGAAUCUGAAUUAAUUAAUGCGAAUGAAAAGAUUCUAAUCUCUGAGAAUCUAAUUUCAGAUCUAAAAAGUCAACUAAAAAAUUCUGAUGAAAAACUGCAUCGUAUGAAAAAUCUUUUAGUUAAAGUUAAAUUAGAUGCAACUGAACAACAGAAGAAACUUUUAGAAUUCCAAAAAAGUCAAUCUGUAAAUGUUGAAAAUAAUCAAGAAUUGAAUCGUCUGACUGAAAAAUUAUCUAAUACUGAAAAGGAGAAAGAAAAUUUGGUGUGUAAUCUGACACAAUUGCGUAGUGAAUUAACUCAACAACAUGUCUUAUGCGAAAAUCUCCAAAAUGAUAAAUGUUUAGCACUGGAUCGACUUCAAAAGUUACAAAACGAAUAUAAUGCAUACAAAGUUAAGGCUCAACUUGCUCUAUGUAACGUACGCACUGUAACCAAUCAGGUGAAUACAACGGAUACUAAUAAUAGUCCUAAUUGUGAAGGGGUGAAUACUAACCAAUCUGAUUUCGAAAGCAGAUCAUUUUAUUAUUCAAAUGAAUUAGAAUCUAUGAAACACAAUCUUUUUGACGUACAAAAUCGUAUGAAAGAGGCUGAAUUGCAUGCGUCCUUAGCACAAUCAGAAUGUGAUUUGUUAAAGAAAGAAUUGAUCGAAGUGAAAACAAGACACACUGAACUGUUAUGCCAAUCUCAAAAACAAAAGCAAUCCUUAGAGGACCAACUAAUGUCAAUAACUCAACAAUGUGAAAAUCGUCUUUCUGUUGAAUUUAAAGAACUAGAACAAAAGUAUACUAGUCAACUACGUCAUUAUGAAGAACGACUUAUGCUGCAAACUCAAAAAUAUGAAAGUGAAUUGCGUCAAGAAAGAGAAUUAUGGGAGACAAAAUUAGCCAGUAUUAUUCACGCAAACCAUUCACCCACUCAAAACUCGUACAGGUACGAACAGACCUAUGGUCAUCGACGGAAUUUCUCAAUACCUGAUAAUUUGAAUCCAUUAAGCGCAAACUCUCACCAUAAAAGAGUUCAAGGAGAUGGAGCCGAUAAUUCCAUGAUUUCCCCCGUGGAAUCUGAUACGGAAUCGGAUCAUGCAGUUAGGAAUUGCUCUCUAAGUCAGAGUGGCAGUGAGCAUUAUUCAUUGGCAGAUGAAGAAAACUAUAAGAAGUCUGUACAUCGAAUCACCAUACCUACUUUGGAACAACUUCUUAAUCAUCCAAAUCAAUAUUCACCAUCUGAAAAUAUGUCAUCUCAGCAUUCUGUUAAAUCAUUUCAAGAAGUUCGUAAUGUUCAACCUAAUCAAUUAGCUGGUUUACAGUCUGCUUUAACCAAUCAACAACGUCGAGUUGAAUAUCUUUCUGAAUUGUUAAGUGAAAGUGAAACAAAUGUAACUCGUUUAUUUGAGCAAAACAAAGUGUUAAAAGAAGAAAUUCGACGUCUUGAAAAUAACUCCAAUCCAACAUUAAAAGUACAAUGUACAGAAAAUCAAGAUAUCUUGGAAUCGAACAACUCUCUUCAUAGUAACACUAGUGUACUUGUUGAACAUUUGAAAGACAUCUUACUGAAAGUUAUAACACUACCCAAACAAUCUUCAGAACGUAAUCAUCUCAUGCGUGCGUUGGCUACAUUUCUUUCUUUGAAAUCAGACGAGUUUAAAUUAUUAGAAGAGGGUCUAAAUCACAGUGUUACUUGUUCUACAUCCAAUCAACAACAAAAUCUCUCUUCCAAUUGGAGUAGUUAUAUCUCUGCAGUUUGGGGUCAGUAAAGAACAAUAUUAAAGAAGCAAAGCGUGCAAUAUUGCUUUCAAAAUAACUUUCUGUGAUAAAUGUGUAUUCUUAGCGACAUAUUUUUAACUUACUGGUUGUGUAAUAUCUCCCUAUCAGAAAAAUAUUUAAUGAUCAAAUCAACUUCGAAUUUUUAAUCUAUGAUUUUCUAAUUGUGAUCAUUAUAGCGUUCUCGUUGUUAUAUCACAUCACUUGGAGUAACUCUGUUUGGUUAUUUUUUAAAGUUAAAAGCAGUUAGUGUGAUACACUCUGUAUUUAUCUAAACUAUUUUUCAUAUGUAUGCAUUAUUAUCCUAACGCUUUGAGAAAUCAGAAGUAUUUUCUUCACUUUCACUCUUAAAAAUUGGUUUUUUCGAAAGUUGUGGAGCAUAAAUUCCUUAACGAAAAUAUAAUUGCAUUAUGUUACAAGAAAUAUAUCUUACUCAAUUCACAUUUGGCACUUAAUUUCUAGGAUAACUGACAAAAAAUACCUUCGCAAUGUCGCUGCAUAACAAAAUCUUAAACGUAACAAGUGUUUCCCUUUAUAUUCUCCACUUGUGGUAAUUGACUUUUUACUCUAAUAUAACUGAAGUUAGAGUACGAUGUUUUACGCUAAUGAAUUGUAGUCUUAAUGAGUUCUACUAACAAAUAAAUGGUCUUCUCAAU